AUGAAAAGCAAAGCCAAUGUGUUUGUUACCAGUGCUGGUCUUUUACCAAUGCAUGCACUGUAUUGGUAUCUUUAUACAACACCCCUGCAUUCAUCUCUAGGUAAAGUAUGGAUUGUGACCACAUACUGGGCUUUCAAAAGAACCACCAUCCAGAAGGACUGGGAUAUACAAUUCUUCCAGGGUGUCCUAUCCCUGUCACUUCACUCAAAUGAACCUGCAGGAUUCAGGACAUUUCUUUAUGGUCUCAAUUCUCUGUGGGCAAAAGAAAAUCCUUUUCUCCACGAUUUCUGGGAAAAGGUCUUCAAGUGCUCUCUGAAAGAUCUUCAUGGAAUUGAUGAGCUCCAGCCAGUUUGUACAGGAGAGGAGAAUCUGGAGAGUCUUCCAGGGACUUUCUUUGAAAUGAGCAUGACUGGCCACAGCUAUGCCAUCUACAAUGCUGUCCAUGCUGUGGCACAUGCUCUACAUGAUCUUUUUCAAUCUGGAUCCAAAAUCAGAUUGCAAGGACUUGGAAGGAAGCUGACUCCCCAAAAUCUCCAGCCAUGGGAGCUCCAUCACUUUCUAAGGAGAAUCUCAUUCAACAACAGUCUUGGAGAGCCAAUAUCUUUUGACAACAAUCAAGAAUUAAUUGCAAGAUUUGAGAUUACAAACUGGGUAACUUUCUCAAAUCAGUCUUUUCUUCGAGUCAAAGUAGGAAAGUUGGAUCCUUGGGCUCCCUUGCAUGAAGGCAUAACAAUUCAGGAUGAAAGCAUUGUGUGGCACAGAAAAUUUAACCAGGUUGUGCCCAUUUCGGUGUGUAAUGAAAAUUGCUCUCCUGGUUAUCACAAGAAAAAGAAGGAAGGGCUUCCUUUCUGUUGUUAUGAUUGUAUUCCAUGUCCAGAAGGAAAGAUUUCAAGCCAGAAAGAUAUGGAUGCCUGCACUGACUGUUUAGAAGAUUACUAUCCAAACAUGGGUCAAGACCAAUGCAUUCCUAAAGUUAUCAGCUACCUGUCUUACGAAGAGCCCCUGGGGAUCACUUUUGCUUGCUCGGCUCUCAUCCUCACUCUCAUCACAGCUCUUGUGCUUGGAAGUUUUCUGAAGCACCAGGACAUGCCCAUUGUCAAAGCCAGCAACCGAAGCCUGACCUACAUCCUUCUCUCCUCCCUCAUUUUCUGCUUCUCCUGCUCCUUCCUAUUUCUUGGGCAGCCAAAAAAGUUGACCUGCCUUCUCCGACAGGCUGCUUUUGGUAUUGUCUUCUCUGUGUGCCUUUCCAGUAUUUUGGCAAAAACCAUAUUAGUUCUUCUGGCUUUCAUGGCUACAAGACCAGACUCCAGACUGAGGAGAUGGGUGGGGAAAAGAUUAGCAACUACUAUCUUCCUUCUCUCGUCCUUUCUUCAAGUGGGAAUUUCAACUCUCUGGCUGACUAAGGCUCCACCAUUCCCUGAUAGGGACCUGCACUCACUGAGGGGAAAAAUCAUUCUGCAAUGCAAUGAGGGGUCAACUCUCUUGUUUUUCUGUGUCUUGGGCUAUAAGGUCUUCCUGGCUCUUGUCGCCUUGGCAGUGGGCUUCCUUGCCAGGAAGUUACCUGACAGUUUCAACGAAGCCAAAUUUAUCACCUUUAGCAUGCUGGUCUAUUGCAGCGUUUGGGUCUCCUUUGUGCCAACCUACCUGAGCACAAAAGGGAAAGAUAUGGAUGCCUGCACUGACUGUUUAGAAGAUUACUAUCCAAACAUGGGUCAAAACCAAUGCAUUCCUAAAGUUAUCAGCUACCUGUCUUACGAAGAGCCCCUGGGGAUCACUUUUGCUUGCUUGGCUAUCAUCCUUGCUUUCAUGGCAGCUCUUGUGUUUGGAACUUUUCUGAAGCACCAGGACACGCCCAUUGUCAAAGUCAACAACCGAAGCCUGACCUACAUCCUUCUCUCCUCCCUCAUGUUCUGCUUCACCUGCUCCUUCCUGUUCCUUGGACAGCCAAAAACAUUGACCUGCCUUCUCCGACAGGCUGCUUUUGCUAAAGUAUACCUGUUCAGCUUCUUCAUAAAGCCAGGAAUGCAUCAAAUUCAUAAUGUCAACAGGAAAACCUAUGCCCUCAAGAGUGUGAUGCCAAAGAACUACCAGUACAUUCUGGCUCUUGUAUUUGCAAUAAAUGAGAUCAAUGAGGAUUCCAUGAUUCUUCCCAAUGUCACCCUGGGUUUGCACAUCUUUGACAACUACUGCAGUGGACAGAUCACAUAUGAAGCCACCCUGCGCCUGCUUUCCACAAAGAGCAGAUUUGUCCCCAACUACAAGUGUGACCCCGAGGACCGUUUGAUAGCUGUCAUCGGAGGGCUUGAUUCUGAAACCUCUCGUUACAUGGCUACAAUAUUAAAUGUUUACAAGAUUCCACAGAUCAUUUAUGGAUCACUUGUUUUAGGACUGAGUGAUGAAAUUCUUCUUUCUUCCAUAUAUCAAAUGGUUCCAAAUGAAUUCAAUCAGUACAUUGGGAUUGUUCAGUUGCUGAUAUAUUUUAGAUGGACAUGGGUUGGCCUCUUUGCGGUGGAUGAUGACAAUGGAGAAAGAUUUUUCCAAGCCAUGGUGCCUAUGCUUUUUGCAAAUCAUAUCUGUUUUGCUUUUAUCAAAGCAACACCCAAAUGGACUGAUGUGGCUGAACUGUUAGACUUAUUUCUAGAUGAUCUGGAGAAAUUUCCCAGUCUCAUGAAAAGCAAAGCCAAUGUAUUUAUUGCCCUUGGUACACUGAUAUCCAUGCUUAAUUUAAGCUUGGAUUCACAAACUGGUAAGGUGUGGAUUAUGACAGAACAGUGGGAUUUCACAUUAACUGACUAUCAGAAGAACAUGGAUAUUCAUCCUUUCCAAGGUGCUAUAUCUUUUUCAGUACAUUCAAAUGACAUACCAGGAUUUAAGGCAUUUCUUGAGAAGGUAAAGCCUUUCUGGAGAAAAGAAGAUGGUUUUAUCCAGGACUUUUGGGAAAAGGCUUUUAGCUGUUCAUUGAAAAAUUACAAGUUGGCUGAAGAUGAGGAGCCCAAGAAAGAGUGCACAGGAGAGGAGAAACUGGAGAACCUCCCAAGGACUUUCUUUGAAAUGAAAAUGACUGGCCACAGCUAUAAUAUCUAUAAUGCUGCCCAUGCCAUUGCACAUACUCUACAUACUAUUUAUGAAGCUAGAGCAAAAUACAGAAGAAGGGUGCCUGGAGGAAUCCUGAGGUUUUGGAAUCUCCAGCCACAACAGCUCCAUCCCUUUCUAAGAGGUAUCUCAUUCAACAACAGUGCUGGAGAAAUGGUGCAUUUUGAUGAAAAUGGUGAACUAGUAACUGGAUUUGAUGUUACAAACUGGGUAACUUUCCCCAAUCAAUCAUACGUUAGAGUCAAAUUUGGAAGUCUGGAUCCUCUGGCUCCUCAAGGCAAAGAAUUGUCCAUUCAUGAUGAAAGCAUUGUGUGGCACAGAAGGUUUAACCAGGUGUUGCCAAUUUCUGUAUGUAAUGACCACUGUCAUCCUGGUCUCCAUAAGAGAAAAAAGGAAGGGGAGCCAUUUUGUUGCUAUCAUUGUGUACCAUGUCCAGAAAGAAAGAUUUCUACCCAGAAAGAUAUGGAUUUCUGCACUGAAUGUCAAGAAGAUGAAUAUUCAAAUUUUGAACAGAACCAGUGCAUCCCAAAGCUUUUAAACUAUCUCUCCUAUGAAGAGCUGCUAGGGAUCACUUUAAUGGGGUCUUCUAUUUCUUUUGCUCUGACAACAGUUUGGGUACUUAGAACUUUUUGGAAGCACCAGGACACUCCUAUAGUCAGAGCAAACAACCGAAGCCUCACCUACACUCUUCUCUACUCUCUUUUCCUUUGCUUCCUCUGCUCUCUCCUCUUCAUUGGAAAACCAGCACCUGCCACAUGUCUUCUCCGACAAACAGCCUUUGGCAUUGUCUUCUCUUUGGCCGUUUCCAGUGUUUUGGCUAAAACAAUUACCGUCGUUCUGGCCUUUGUGGCUACCAAGCCUGGGUCCAAGAUGAGGAAAUGGGUAGGGAGAAGGUUGGGAGAUACCAUUGUCCUUUCCUGCUCCUCUAUCCAAGUGUGCAUUUGUUCUCUUUGGCUGUUUACGUCCCCACCAUUCCCAGAUAGGGAUUUACACUCUCUCCAUCAGGAAAUCAUCCUGGAAUGUAAUGAGGGCUCAGCUACCAUGUUUUGCCUUGUCUUGGGCUACAUGAGCUUCCUGGCCAUGGUCAGCUUCGCUGUGGCUUUCUUUGCCAGGAAGCUACCUGACAGUUUCAAUGAAGCCAAAUUUAUCACCUUCAGCAUGUUGGUCUUUUAUGUUUGGUUGUCUUUUGUUCCAAUGUACCUGAGCGCCAAAGGAAAAUAUGUGGUGGCUGUGGAGGUCUUCUCUAUUUUAACUUCGAGUGCUGGGUUGUUGAGUUGCAUCUUUUUCCCUAAAUGCUACAUAAUUGUAUUCAGGCCUGAACUGAAUAACAAGGAGCAACUAAUAAGGAGACAAUGCUUGGUCAUACAGUAUAAGAAACAAUUUAUCUAG